AUGAGAAAUAUCAAGCGCUUCUUUGGCCAUGGUUGCUUUUUAACAUCCUUGACCUGGACUGUGUUGUUCUUUAUUUAUUUAAAUUAUAUUGAACUGAAACAACUUCUUAAGAAUGUGCCCUUCAAGAGGGCUGGACCCCAUCAGGCAUUUCCUACAAAAGUCUCUUACAAUUUUUCCAACUUCCCAAAGCAAAUAAGGCCCCAGUUAAAAACCAAAGAUGUUAAGAAUAAGUUAGAUCACGAUAUUAAAGUCACAAAUAACAUAGUUAUUUCUCCUGAACUGGAUGUGAUUUUUUAUGAAAGCAAUCGGAAGAUCAGAGACUUGGGCUUUGAACAGCAUGGCUUCAACGUAUUUAUCAGUAACCAACUGAGCUAUCAUAGAGACGUGCCAGAUACAAGGAGCAUAGAAUGUAAAGCCAAGUCUUAUCCCUACUAUCUCCCAGUUGCCAGCAUUAUCAUUUGUUUCUACAAUGAAGUCCUUUCUGCCUUGCUUCGGACAGUGCACAGUGUCAUUGAUCAUACUCCACAGUAUCUCCUUCAUGAAAUUAUUCUGAUAGAUGACCACAGUGAAUUUGAUUAUUUGAAAGAAGACCUAAGGAAUUAUAUCAAGGAAAAUUUUCCUGAGAAUGUUAAAUUAUUAAGAAAUUACAAACGAGAGGGACUGAUUCGAGGAAGAAUCAUUGGAGCAACUAAUGCUACAGGAAAAGUUCUUGUGUUCCUAGACAGUCACUGUGAGGUGAAUAAAAUGUGGCUACAGCCCUUAUUGUUUGCGAUCCAAAAAGACUACAGCAUGGUGGUGUCCCCCCUGAUUGAUGCAAUCAAUGCUUACACUCUCAAGUAUAAGCCAUCUCCUAUCCUUCGUGGAGGGUUCACCUGGAAUCUACACUUUAAAUGGGAGUUUGUCCCUCCAUCUAAGUUACUAGGACCAGAAGGAGCUGCUGCACCAAUAAAGUCCCCUACAAUGGCUGGAGGUAUUUUUGCUAUAAACAGACGCUAUUUCUUUGAAAUUGGACAGUAUGACAAUGGCAUGAAUAUCUGGGGAGGAGAAAAUUUGGAAAUAUCAUUUAGGAUCUGGAUGUGUGGGGGCAAGCUCUUCAUCAUCCCUUGCUCUAGAGUUGGACACAUUUCCCGUAACGUGUUACCACAAAAAGCUCAUGAAAUCAUGGACUCUUUGCAGUAUAACUCUCUGCGGCUGGCACAUGUUUGGUUGGAUGAAUAUAAGGAGCAAUUUUUUUUACAGAGACCUGACCUGAGGAGUAAAGGAUAUGGAAACAUCAGUGAGCGUGUUGAAUUGAGAAAAAUACUAGGUUGCAAAUCAUUUCAGUGGUAUUUGGAUAACAUCUAUCCAGAAUUGGAGAUAUUUCCACUCCCUUCUAAAGAAAAUUAA